AUGGGGGCAACCUCCGCCUCGCCCGAGGCAGCGGACGGCGCCCAGCCCGAAUUCUGGCUUUUCGGUUACGGGAGCCUCAUUUGGAAGCCACCGCCUCACUUUGACAAACGGCUACCAGGCUGGGUAAACGGAUACGUCAGACGAUUCUGGCAGGCCAGCAGCGAGGACCACCGUGGGACGCCCGAGGCGCCUGGCCGGGUGGUCACGCUGAUGGAGCGCUCGUACUGGGAAAAGCUCGUCGAUCACCAUGACACUGCUCCAGAGAGAGUCUGGGGCGUGGCAUACCGCAUCGUGCCGCACAAAGUCGCCCAGGUCAAGCGGUAUCUGGACAUUCGCGAGGUCAACGGCUACACCGUUCACCACGCGCCCUUCCACCCUGCCGAUGGAGCUCCUCCCAUCAAGACGCUCGUGUACAUUGGCACGCCGGACAAUGAGCAGUUCGUCGGCCCGCAGGACCCCCAGAUCCUGGCGCAGCGCAUCCUGCGUAGCCGCGGGCCAAGCGGGCUCAACAAGCACUACCUUUACAGCCUGGACGAAGCCCUGGAGGGUUUGUCCUCGGAGAGCGGGGACCAUCAUGUCAGCGACCUUGCCCAGCGCGUGCGGGCUUUGGAAGGCUCUGUCGAGGGAGACUCUUUGUCGUGA